AUGCCUGCAUUAAGAUUUAAAACGUGCCGUCUACUUCCAGGAAAUGUUCGGAACAGAGAACUUUCUCUAAUCCAACGCCGCAUUCUCCGAAGAUUGAGGAACAAGAGGAGAUCCAUUAAAAGAAAUCUUUCUCAGAGAGAAAAUCUAAACAGUAACAUCAAAUCACAAACUACACGAAAGUUGUCCCUUUAUUAUGGGGAUUUACCCAUAAGGGAGAUGCACAGAGGAAGAGAACGAACUUCAUAUAUCCCUUUUUUACUCAAUCAAGAAACAAGAUCGGACGUGAUUCCGGUUCGUCUCCGUUUUAGUGACACUCUUCCUCAAGCAAGGCAGCCGAUAAGUCAUCGAAGGGUUUGUUUGAAUAAUGGACUGGUAACCAUUACUCAUUUUAAAGUUUCCCAUGGUGAUCUAAUAUCUUUUAAAGAAAAUGACGCGAGAACCCGCGGUGAAGAAAUAAGGAGAUCUUUCUAUAUCGACAUAUCAGUUGGAAAAAUCAUAGGCAAAUUCCUACCGGUCAGAAUCUGGAGAAGAACAAAAACAGAAUGGUUCCGCUUACUCACAACUCAGAGGGGAUGCCGCUUACUACUAAAAUCCGGGUUUUUGCAAGAGUUGCGUUCUUAUAUGCAAGAAGAAGACUUAGAAAGAACAAAGAAGUUUGGAUCCGCAAAAGUAUGCUUAGGCAGUUCCUUCGCUGAGCACAACAGAAUGAAGAGGAAUUUGUUUCAUUUCAAAUACUUCUUCUUAUGGAAAAGAAGGAAGGAGGAAGAGGAAGGGGUAGAGGAGAUCCUCAAAGUUAUCGAGGAAAACGAAAACCGAAAAAGAGCAAUAAGCCCUUUUGUUUACACAAACAAAUUAUAUAGAAAUUCGACCUAUUGCUCCGGAUCCCCGUUUACUAUUACUAGGAAGAUAAGAAUCAAAAGGAUCGAACUACCUACUCAUUAUUCGGAGGUGAAUCAUAGAACACUAAAAGCUGUGGUAUCUUAUGGACCUAACAUAGGUCACAUCCCUCACGACAUAAGAUUGAAAGAUCCAAACCUUCCUCUUCGGAGCGGAAACGGACGUGGCCAAAACAUAUAA